AUGGCUCCAACUUUACGCGUUACUUUAAUAAAACCAGGAACUAUAGUUCCUGAACUUCACUAUGGACCUUAUUCUUUUUAUUGGUGGAUAAUUUCAAACGAAAAUGAAACUUUAUUUCCGAUUAGGCUGGGACAACAGACUAAAGUUUGUCUUAACAAAGUAGAUUUCAUUUUAACUAUACAAACUGGUUCUGGUAAUAACAAAUUAAUGCCAAUGUAUUGUUGUCAAAGUGGUUUACAUGUUGUUACAGAGCUAAGUUCUAUAAAGGCUAUUUCUACAGCUUAUAAAAACUGUUUCAAUACUUCAACACGCUAUUCAGGGUAUCAAGCAAUGGGGACUUCUUCACGCGAAAAAUGGCGUUAUGCAGGUUCAGAAAGGUUAUUUGAUUAUCAUGUAAAAAGAAGAACUCUGGCAAAUGCUAAUUGGAAAUAUUUUUUUACAAGUUGGUUUAAAACUGAAAAUCCAAUAAUUGAAUUAGAACCUGCUUUGCAUGCUAUAUAUCCAAAAGGAUAUGAAUUUAGUGAACGUGAAUUAAGUGCGUGGCAAACCAUGCUAAAAGCAGUUGGUGCAACAAAUAUAACUCCUUGGUUAUCUGAAGAAUCAAAGCGUCAAUUAUGGACAAAAUCACCAAAUGUAAAAGCAGACAAGGUAGCAUUUGCUGCUUUAUAUAAAAGUGGUUUUCUUACUAGUAUUCCAAAGAAUAUGCCAAACGCAACACAUACAUUUUGGAUGUGUUUUGAACUUGCACUUGCUAACAACAAAAAAACUCCUGAUGGAAAAAGACGUAUACUUUCUAUAAUUUCCAAUGAUUUUACUUAUGGAGAACUAAAACAAAAUUUGAAUGUAAUAUUUUAUAGUUUUGCUUUAUAUGUAAAAUUUUAA